AGGCCCUAGUGCUGCCUAUCUAAGUGCCUGUUUUGUAUAGACCGGCGUCAGGCAUUGCUAUGGUCACCCGUAGGGGUCCUUAGAUUACCACAGCGUGCUGAAUACACGUGUGGAGUUCCGGAGAGGUCUGCGUCGAUAAGAAGCGAUGGGAGGUUUGGAAAAGAAAAAGUAUGAGCGAGGUGCAGCCACCAACUACAUCACAAGGAAUAAAGCUCGAAAGAAGCUGCAGCUGAGCCUGCCAGAUUUCAGACGGCUCUGCAUCCUGAAAGGAAUCUAUCCUCAUGAACCCAAACAUAAGAAAAAAGUCAACAAGGGAUCUACUGCCCCCCGGACAUUUUAUCUAGUGAAGGACAUUAAAUUUCUUCUGCACGAACCUAUUGUAGGAAAGUUCAGAGAGUACAAGGUAUUCGUGCGUCGUCUGCGUAAAGCAUAUGGAAAACAGGAGUGGGACUCUGUAGACCGGAUUAGAGAGAACAAACCAACAUACAAACUUGACCACAUUAUCAAGGAGAGGUACCCCACCUUUAUUGAUGCUCUCCGUGACCUAGAUGAUGCUUUAUCCAUGUGCUUUCUUUUUGCUACCUUUCGUCGUACCGGAAAGUGUCAUGUUCAGACCAUACAGCUUUGCCGUCGCCUUAGUGUAGAAUUCCUUAAUUAUGUAGUUGCUUCCCGUUCUUUACGCAAGGUUUUCCUGUCAAUCAAAGGUAUAUAUUACCAGGCAGAGAUCCUAGGACAGAUGGUGACGUGGAUUACUCCAUAUGCCUUUUCUCAUGCUCACCCUACUGAUGUGGACUACAGAGUUAUGGCAACUUUCACUGAGUUUUAUACAACUCUUCUGGGAUUUGUGAACUUCCGACUGUACCAAACUCUUAAUCUACAAUAUCCUCCUAAGCUGGAUUCUCGUUCAGAGGCAGAACUGAAAAUGGAUGAUGAAGAGAAAUAUGCCCUGGAGUCGGAGACCUACAUGGAGAAACUGUCAGCUCUCAGUGCCAGUCUGUCCCGUGUAAUUCCAGCCGAGCCUGAAGAGGAAUUGGAGGUGGACGAGUUCCCGGCAGAUGCAGAGACCUCCAGCUUUCAAGAGGAGAGAAAAAAGCAGCAGCAGGAAGAAGAAAAAUCCAAGUCUUUAUUUGUUGGCCUUAAGUUUUUUUUGAACAGGGAAGUGCCAAGAGAAGCUCUUGCAUUUAUUAUCCGGAGUUUUGGAGGACAAGUAUCAUGGGACAGCUCAGUCUGUAUUGGUGCAACAUAUGCCAGCUCAGACCCAUCCAUUACACAUCACAUUGUAGAUAGACCAAAUGUAGAACCACAAAUCAUCAACAGGUAUUAUGUACAACCACAGUGGGUAUUUGACAGUGUGAAUGCCCAUUUGCUCCUUCCUGUAGAAGAUUACUUUCCAGGUGUGCUGCUACCUCCACAUCUGUCACCUUUUGUUGAGGAGAAAGAAGGAGACUAUGUUCCACCAGAGAAACAGCGGCUCUUGGCUUUGCAGAGGGGAGAGAGAAUUGAUGAUGAUGAGGGAGAGGAGGAUGACGAUGAUGAUGAUGAGGAGGAGGAAGAAGAGGAGGAUGAAGAAGAGGAGAAAGAAAAGAGUAAGAAUGUUAAAGAGGAGAAGCAAAAAACAUCUGGACAAAAGAAGUUGAAAGUAAAAGUUACUGCUGGUACUGUCAAACUGGAGGACAAAGUACACGCUGCUGAGGAAGAGAAAAAUGAGGAGAAACGGUUGGCCAUCAUGAUGAUGAAGAAGAAAGAGAAGUAUCUCUACAACAAAAUAAUGUUUGGCAAGAAACGGAAAGUCAGAGAGGCCAACAAGCUGGCAUUAAAGAGGAAAGCCCAUGAAGAAGCCAGCAAAUCUGAACGCAAAGGAAAGAAGACAAAAAAGAGCAUCUAAAGAGAUUCUAAUAGAGACUUUAAUGUAACCAUCUGGUGUCUAUAGAAAUUUCAGAGCUGGCGUUAUGUAAAAUCUAAGAAACCACAUGAGUUUUCAGCAGGAAACAUAGGAGCAUAAAAAACGGAGGACAAUGUUUUCUGUUUUGUUUUCUCUGGGCUGUAAGCGAUCAGUAUCAUUGAACUAUCUGCUAAACUCUACUACAGUUUACAGCAUACUGUGCAUUGCAAAAUGCAGAUUAAAGCCUUUGGGAAUAUUCCCUUUAAAGGGGUACUCUGCCCCUAGACAUCUUAUCCCCGCAAUCAUCACUGCGCAGAGCAAACUCCACAGGCCGGAGUACCCCUUUAAAUAAUAUUAAUUUACAUGUGUAAAGUAUCACAGGCCACUGGCUUCCAUCUAUAUUUCUUGCUGGCAGGUAACCCAUUACAUUAUAAUGUGAUGUUAAAAGAAAAUCACACCUCGUCUGUGGGAAAUAAAAGUUUUCAUGUUUGUACAAAUGUAGAAAAGUAUUAUUUUGCCCCAGCUGGCUUAUGUUUAAUAAAAGCUUAAUACAUUUUAUUGAUUAUAAUAAUUUG